AUGGCUGCCGCUGCUUCAAGACUGCUGCCUCGUCUUCACACGUCGUCGACCAAGCAGACCACGCUUCUGCUUCUGCUUUCUGCCACCUUCUGCUACGUCCAAGCAGACCACGUUUCUGCUUUCGCUUCAUCUUCUUCGUCUCCGUCAAACUCCAGCCAUGAGCGAGCAAGCAUCGACAACUCGGAGCUGCCUUUCUACAGUUUGCUGGAAGCAGCUCUAAAAAUCGAGCCUUAUUGUGACUGUGUGGACAUCAACUUUGGGUGUCCCCAGCAAAUUGCAAAACGUAGGAAUUAUGGAGCUUUCCUCAUGGAUGGCAGUCCAGUCAGUUUUCAAACAAGCUUCACCAAGUGGAUAUAG